CGUUGGUCUACUUGAAUCAAGUAGCUUGAAAGCAAAACAAACAACGAUCGGUUAAACGUAAAAGUGCAUCAAUCGCUGUCAUCGGCGCAUCAAAUUCAUCGGAUUCGUUUGUUUUGCCAAAUUGUAAAUAGUUGGCUGAUAAAAAUUGCCGGACAUCGCGUGAUGGCACAAUUUUGCACAUUUGUUCAUUUUUUUUUUCUGACAUCAACCAAGAGAUGUGCCAUUACGCAUGUGCCUAAACUCGAUUGACAAUUGCGAUUGGAAUAACAAGUCUUCUUCCUUCUUUUUUUUUUGUGUAUACGUGAACUGGAUUAGCAUUCUUUUUAAGACAGAUAUACAAUAGAGGAAUAAAAAGCGAGAAGAGGAUUUAGUUUUUUUUAGUGUCCAGCGAAAAGUGUGCUUGAAUUUUUUAUAUUGGAGUAAAACGAAAAACGAGAGUGAGAGAAAGACUUUUAAGCGUAUUGUUUGCAUUUGCAAGCAGCAUUGAAAUUGUGGCCAUCGGUCGGAGAGACAAGUGAGAGAGAGAAUAUCCGCAGGAAGCCAAGCAAACGUUGAUGUCUUCUCAUCAUAAUUUGCUGUUUAAUUUUAUGUUUCCAUUUGGAAUUGACAGUCGCCGACGCACAUUUUCACAUCAAUGUUGACUUGGUCGUCGUUGUGAUAUCUUUGCGCUUGCAUCGCGAACCAUUCAAGUGGGCAAACAAUUUGCUUAGCACAACCAAUAACCAUCCACAUUUUCAUUUCUUCAAGAAAAUCAAAUUCCUUUUUCUCUCUCUCACACACAAACACAAAUAUACACACUCAAUUUCGAGGCGCGAUCAAACAAUCAACAAUAAAAUAACAAAGUGCGCGAAUCAUUCGUUUUUAAUAUAAACCAUUGCAAGAAGACGAAGAAGAAGAAAAGAAAAAUAACCAAAACUACAACCAAGAAAAUUUUGUGCUAAAAUGAACGAAACGACCAUCGUCACACAUCUGCCCGAUAACAUAUUAGAAGCAAUUUUUUCUUACUUAGAUUUACGUGAUUUGCGAAAUUGUUCGCUGGUGUGUAAAAACUGGUAUAGAUAUUUAAAUGAUGAGAAUAACGAUGUGUGGCGAAUGCAUUGCAUACGAAAAUUGGCCGAAGAUGCCAUUAAAUCCGAUUUAUUGUCAUCAGUGCCAACGUAUAAGGCGAAAUUACGUGCAUUCUUCCAUGCAUGGAAUCCAAACGAUUGCUCCCGUAAUGUAUAUAUCAAACCAAGUGGAUUCACAUUGCACAGAAAUCCGGUGGCACAAAGUACGGAUGGAUCAAGAGGUAAAAUUGGAUUUCGCCAAGGGCGUCAUGCAUGGGAAGUGAUGUGGGAGGGACCGCUUGGUACAGUGGCCGUUGUUGGCAUAUCAACACGAGAGGCAUCCCUUCAAUGCCAUGGCUAUGUGGCGCUGCUUGGUGCCGACGAUCAAAGCUGGGGCUGGAAUUUAGUUGAUAAUCAUUUAUUGCAUAAUGGUGAUGCAAUUGGUAGCUAUCCAUUGCUGAACAAUGCGCCAAAAUAUCAAGUCGGCGAACGGAUACGAGUCAUUUUGGAUUGUGAUGAUAAUACCCUGUCGUUUGAAAAAAAUUACGAAUUUCUAGGUGUCGCUUUUCGAGAUUUACCUGACAAAACAUUUUAUCCAACUGUAUCAGCUGUAUAUGGGAACACCGAAGUGUCAAUGGUCUAUUUGGGUCAUCCGUUAGACGGUUAAAACAGAAAACAAAAUGCCAGCAAUUUAGAUUGUAUAUAACGUUGGCGCGCUUUAGGAAUUUGUACAUAAACACAACACUCAAUUCAGUUUUGGUUUCUUUCUUUCUUAAUUGCGCUCGCGGCAGAAAAAAAAAGCAAACAACAAAAACAGAGCCCGUUGUGCCAUUUAGCGUAAUUUACACGUUUACGCGCAAGUGACCAAAGAAAAAUGACUAGAAGCAAAACAAAUAUGUUCAUUUGUUGACACACAACUACAACAAUCAAUUAGUUUUAAUAUACUCACAAUUUUCAAUAGACCAUCUAUACUCUUAUUUGCCACCAGCCGUCGUCAAAAAUUCGAUCUUAUUCCUUGAAAAUUAUGUGUUAGAAGUGGAUGCAAAAAUGAUUUAAUUGAAACA